CCUGAACAGCGAAAAAACAUGAGUACACUUGAGACGACCAAAGAAUGGAUGGAGCAAAGGCUGAAACAACUCCAUUCCAGAUGUCGUGACAUGCAGGCCAAAGUAGAGAAGCAAAACCAAGAAUUAGGUGCGGCCCAGGAGACCGCUCUGCAGUUCCGCAGGGCGCAAGAAACCAUACAGGCUGACAUAGCAGAGGAGAAACACCAAAGCUCCGUCGCACAGCGGCGACAGAUGGAGGAGUUUAAGGCGCUUCACAGCGCCAGAAACCGAGAAGAGCAGUUGAAGAGCGAGAAACGACAGAUUUGCCAGGAGAUGGAGGUGGCCAAGCAGCAGAUUCAAGAGGAGAUGGCCGAGGCUGAACGCCUCGAGCGACAGCAGGAAGAGCAGCGCAGAACUCUGCGGAGGCAGCGCCAGGCGCUGCGGGAGCAGGAGAAAUAUUUGGAAGAGUUGGAAGCCGUUAAGGUGAAGUUUCUGCAAGAGGCCAAGGAAGAGAAGACUCGGCGACAAGAGCUCAGAGAGAAGAUGCGCGCCUGGUUGCAACGAGAGGAGAUGGAGAUUGAGGAGCUGAAAGAAAAGCUGAGCAGCGGCAUUCCACGCGAGAUGGCCGUGCUGGAAGAGCGCUUGGAGGCUUCUCGGCAAGAAGCUGUGGAAGCUGACUUGGAGGCUGAGAGGCUGAUGCAAAAGACCGAGGAUUUCCGGGAGUUAAUCCCUGUCUACACAGAGCAAAGACGAGAGCUGCUGGAACAGAUUCGAGACAUGACAGAAGAGGAUGCGAGAAAUCGCGACGAGCUUCUCAGGGGCCAAAGUCUGCUGCUGGAGAAGCAAGUAAAGGCACAGGAGCGGGCUCGACGCCUUGCUGCUGGAGGGAGCUGAGAUGGGCCCUAGAUGUGGUUCCCGCUGUUUCCACCGGUCAAAA